CAACAAAUCAAGAAAAUGCAAUAGCACCAGAAAAUCUUAUAGAUUUUAUUUUGAAUAACCUUCUAGAUGAUUAUGAUUUUGAUGAUUAUUUAUUUGAAAAAGUAUUUUGUAUUGCUUUAGAACUGUUAAUAGAUAUUGUUGAUUCAAUUUCUGAAGAUCAUAUCAACAAAGACAUUGUGCAACAAAUAAUUAACCUUAUUUCAAAGGCUAAUAAGUUUUCUUGGAUUUACUAUAAAUAUCAAGUAACAAAAAAAUCAUGUGCAUUCGUUUAUUAUUGUAAUUGUUGUGAAGAACUAAAAAGUAAAAAAUUAUGA